AGCAACUUGGAAUUGUUUGUAAAUUUAUUAUCUUAAAAAAUUUACGAUUACAGUCGAAGUUACAACUUUGCUAUAUAAGCCCUUUGAUUCAAUUUAUGAUUUGUGUUGUGUACAUUUUCUCUGAAAUAAGAAAAUGUCAAUAACUUCAAAGAAAAUGUCUGUAACUUCAAUGGAAGAGCUUAGUUCACCCGAAAGUUUUGAAAGUGAAGAGGAAGUAAUAGAUAUUGAUGCGCUCGAAUCAGCAUUGAAUAUAGAUGAAUUGUUAGCUGAACCCAUUGAAGUUGAAAAGGCGUUGGGUGAAGAGGAUGAAGUUCCAGAUGAGGCCGAAACGGAAUCCCUGAAGUCAGUUUCUGACAUUAAAACUCAGUCAGAUUUAGUAAGAUGGUUAGAAAAAUUGGAGGCGGGAAAGAAAAAGAAGAAUUUGUUUUAUCAUACUGAUGAUAUAAGACGGGUGGACAUAUAUGAGAACUUACGUGAAAGAGCUAAAACUUUAAAACCAACUAUCAUAGAAGAAGUGGAGUCAGAAAAGAAAGGAAUAGAACUGCGAUUAGAACUAAGUGAUAAACGUUUAAACGAAUUGUUGGCUUUUGGAAAUGACUUGAUAACAAACAUAAAAGUCGCAAACGAAAGGCGCGAAUUCCUACGGCGGCAAAAUGAGGCGAAACAUAAAGAGUUACUAACGAUGAAUAUAAUGAACGAAACUGCAGAGUCAAUGGCUCAGUUCGACAAUAUUGUCGAUAAAUGGUGUGAAUUAAAAGAGUUAAAUGAACCUGUUGCUAUACAUGAGGAACUUGAAAAACAGAAAGCACGGAUUGCUGAUGUUAUGAAAAGCAAAGAUAAGUUAAUAGCUGAUUGUCAAGCUGAAGUAAAAAGAGUUACUGAUAUGUACAAUUGCGACAAAGUGAAUCAAUCGAAUGAUAUAUGUAACUUGGUAGAGCGAAUCGACUUACAGGUUGAAUUAUUAAGAGAAGCUUACAAAGAAGAAUUACGAUUACUUGAAACGACUAUAAUCACUGAACGCGAAACAUUGUCAUAUGCUUUAUGUUCAAAAUGGGAAAGUGUCUAUGAUCAGAUGUAUAAGCACAACGAGGAAACAUUUGCAGCUGCUGACGAGUGGAAAAAAGUAUAUGCGAAGGAAUUGGCUCGAAUAACAGCCGAACAGGAGGCUAUUACUAAUAACACGCGCGUAAGACUUGAAAAAGAGGCUGAAUUGCUGCAAUGGGAAUUACGAAACACCAAGAAUAGCAUUUUUAUGAAUUCGGAGAAGCUUGACUAUAACUACCAGAUACUGCAGAAACGCAAUGAGGAAAAUAUUAUAAUAAACAACGAGCAGAAGAGACGUUUUACAAAACUGAAGGAAAAUAUUUCUGCUAUAACAAAAAAAAUUGAAACUUUUAAAACAAAAUCGGAGUUAAAUGUGCGUAAUAUAACAUCCGAAAUUCAAAAAAUUCAUAAAAAUAUUGGUGACCUUCAGAAAAAAUCUGAAAUAUUUAAGUUUGAAAAUAAGAAAAAGUUUGAUUGUGUUUGGAACAUAAAUUUAACAGAAAUGAAAGAUUUGCUACAAAAAAUUUUAAACGUUGAUGAAAUCUUAUAUAGACAGCAACUUGGCCAAGAAUGGUUACCGCUAGAGUUCGAGUUUUUUGAUAUUAAUUCUGUUAAAAAAGUAUUGAGACCAAAACGUCGAUCAACCAAAAAUUGCCCGAACGAAUCAAACGAAACUAAUGAAGCGCCAAAGGAAAAGGUAGACAUGAAAUUCUUGAAAAAAAUUUUAGCCAAAAUAUCUGAUCGCACUGGAUUUCUUCUUGACGAUAAGUUAAUGAAUUUAUUAGAGCCUUAUACAGAGGCAGAAAAAUACCUCGUGCGUAUGGAUAACGUGUUCAGAGCACUUGGUGUAUCCGAAUUAUCAGUUGUUCAAUCCUUAACAAAACAUUUUCUACCCUACACUUUCUGUCCGAAUUGCACUACUGGCGCACCCAAGCAAGCUGUAUUGAAUUUAACCAGUGCUAAACCCUCCGACAUACCUAUAGAACCACAGGUGGAAAAAACAAAACCUAUUUCUAUACUAAGUGCGGAAUGUAAGAAUCAUUAUAUAGUACUGGAAUCUGUAUUUGUAUUACCUGCACUGACCAGCUUCGUGGAGUAUCAAUACAGUGAGAUGCACGAAUUUGCUGAACAACGUAAAGAAAUUGAUGAAGCGGACAAUUUAAUAACCAUUAGCAAUAAAGAUAUUAAGAACUUUUGGGACAAACUGAACGAUGCAUUUCCAAGAGAGAAACUUAAAUUGUGGGAAACUCUGGAUCAUGGUAUCAAUCAUUAUGUUAAUGUACUGAAGCAUCGGCAUCAAUUGGACAAUGAGUGCGAAUUUCUUCGAAAGCAGAAUGCUGAAUUGAAACACUUGCUACAGGCAUUUUUCUAAAUACUUUUUGAAAUCAAUUUUGUAUAUUUUUUAAAUAAAAUUCGUUUCAUUUACACAAA